AUGGAUAGCCUAUUAUUCUUAUACCUACUCUUUUACACUAACCAGUGCCAUGGUUUAACGUUCUCAUUCUUCCAAACACCAAAUGCGUUAUCCACCACCAGCCAUAAAACCAGUGAAUUUUCAGAUAUUACAUUAGCUUCCCAGCAAAUUGAUGAUGAGCUCAUUUCAACUAUAAUUACUGAUCUCCAAAAAAAAUACUCAACGAGUAUUGGAAUGGUGGAGGACAAUUUUGAUGUACUGUUCCCCUUGUAUGACACGGAAACUAUUGAUACCACAUGCAUCUUGAAAGUUCUUGACCCCAUUCUUGAUAAAUGUAUUUAUCAUUAUGACACCAUCACUGAUGAUUUCAAAGCACAAAUCGCUGCCUCAUUAACAGCAUGCCAACUCAAUGCCAACCAUAUCCUGGUCCCUAGAGACUGUGAGCUUCUUUUGUCUACCACCAGCCAAGUCAGCAGUGUUAACUAUGAUAGAUGUAUUAAAGCCCUUUUUGAAUCUCCCCAAUACUGGACAACCUAUGAUGGAUGUUACAAGACAGUUGGGUAUGGAUGUCUCCAAGAAUCAUUCAAGUAUCAAUCAACAAAAAUCAUUGAGUUACAUCUCAACAUCACUAAACACUACCAGAAGCUAAAUAAAGAAAUGACUAAUAAUUUGAAGAAAUACGCUAUUUUCAAAUCUGAAAUCUUACAGAAAGUUGAGACGUUGAUUAAAGAAGAGAUUAUGGUAAAAUAUGAAGAGUUUGUGACUCAAGCAGAGGUGCUCAACCAGCGUCACAUGUCGGUAAUACAGACAAAUGAAGCUAGACAAAUCGAGAAGUUGAAUGGUUUAUAUUGGAAGAAUAUUGAAGAUAAUCUCAGUGAGCUAGAUGAUUUGUUUUUUGAAAAGAAACUUGAUAUGUACCAUUUCUUUGAAGUUCUGAAAAUGACAUUGUCCAAUUCGGUUGAUGAACUACGAAAAAGCGUACAAACUAGUAACAGAGAGAUUUUAAACCACAGUGAAUUAUUUACGAAGAAAUUGAAUUCAACAAUGAUUAAAAUAGAGCGGCUAGAAUCAAAAUUCAACUUUUUGGUGGAUUUUAUAAAUGGUUUUGAUAUCACUGCGAAAUUCAAGAAGAUGGCAACAUUAGUGAGGUUUUUCAUUGACUACAUGAACUAUUUUUUCAUUGCCGCUGUCAUUUGCUAUAGUGUUUUUUACUACUUGUUUUCAAAGUGGGUCAGUUUUCUAGUGUCUCCUCGAUCAAAAACCUCGCUUUUCAAAAAACUCAUCAAGCUUUUGGUGUGUAAUAUGGUGGCGUUUCUUAUUGGUAGAUCGUUGGUGCAUUGUAUCAGUGAUUUGCGACGGAAUGUCUGA